UUCAAUUCCCAACUGGGUUUGAUGAAUUUUCGUCAAGCCCUUUUGGGUUGUUAUGUCCUGUCCUACUAACUACUAAGGAUAUAUCAUCAUAUGAAAGCCUCACCUCGCUCUCUCUCCAAAUUUGACUUUGAAAUUGCACACAAUCCAAGUACUCUUUCAUUCUUUCUUUGCAUAUAUUAUUGGGGAACACAGCAGACAGCUGUUUCUACUUUCAGACGAGACUCUCAGUCGCACUCUUACACACACACUUCUACUUCUCUAAAGUCCUAAAAAUGCAAAACACAAACCAAGUUCAAGUCCAAGAGUAGUGAUUUUCGAAGCCUAUUAUGAUGGUACGGACACAACACCAACUCUCUUUGCAAACCAAAACCCACAUCAUCGGAUCAUUCUCCUCCUCCUCCUCCUCCUCCAAUGCUCAGGUACUCCACUCCUCUCCUGCUCUCUCCUCUCCACCCAAUCAGAUUCCUCCACGUGUCCCGUCCCCUUCACCGGAUCGAAUCCAAGCUAACCCGGCCCGAACUAACCGAUCGGAUCUCCCGCCUCCUCGUACUCCAACGACACGACGCCAUAUCCAACCUCUCCUUCGACUUCUCCGACGGACUCGUCGACUCCGUUCUCCGAAAACUCCGUUUAAACCCCAGCGCUUGUUUAGGGUUUUUCAAAUUGGCCUCUAAGCAAAAAACGUUCAGACUCAACGUUAAAUCUUAUUGUAAGAUUGUUCACAUUUUGUCUAGAGCUCGAAUGUACGAUGAAACGAGGUCGUAUUUGAAUGAAUUGGUUGGUUUUUGUAAGAAUAACUACACUGCGCUUUUUGUUUGGGACGAGCUCGUUAGGGUUUAUAGGGAAUUCACGUUUUCGCCGGUUGUUUUUGAUAUGGUUUUCAAAAUUUAUGCUGAGAAAGGUAUGAUAAAGAAUGCACUGCAUGUGUUUGAUAAUAUGCCUAAGUAUGGUUGCGUGCCGAGUUUGCGGUCUUGUAAUUGUUUGUUGAGUAGUUUGGUAAGGAAAGGCGAAAGUCACACUGCUGUAUUGGUUUAUGAUCAGAUGAUUAGGAUGGGGAUUGUGCCGGAUGUUUUCACGUGCACGAUAAUGGUGAAUGCUUAUUGUAAGGAGGGGAGAGCGAGUAGAGCUUUGGAGUUUUUGAAAGAAAUGGAGAGUUUGGGUUUUGAGACGAAUGUAGUGACGUACAAUUGUUUGAUUGAUGGGUAUGUUGGUGUUGGGGAUGUGGAAGGAGUGGAAAGGGUGUUGAGGUUGAUGUCUGAAAAGGGCAUUUCGAGGAAUGUUGUGACUUAUACAAUGUUGAUUAAGGGUUAUUGCAAGCAAGGUAAGAUGGAGGAAGCAGAGAAGAUGUUUCAAGAAAUGAAGGAAAGGUUGGUGGUAGUGGAUGAGCGUGCUUAUGGAGUGUUGGUAGAUGGGUAUUGUCGAGCUGGCAAAAUGGAUGAUGCCAUUAGGGUUCGGAAUGAGAUGUUGGAGAUAGGCUUGAAGAUCAAUAUAUUCAUUUGCAACUCAUUAAUCAAUGGGUAUUGUAAGCUUGGUCAGGUUCAUGAAGCAGAGGGAGUUUUAAUGCGUAUAGUGGAGUGGAACUUAAAGCCAGAUUCUUAUAGUUAUAAUACUCUCUUGGAUGGGUACUGUAGGGAAGGUCAUAUAAGCAAGGCUUUCAAGUUUUGUGACAAGAUGCUAUAUGAAGGAGUUGAACCAACUGUUGUAACUUACAAUACCCUUCUCAAGGUUCUAUGUCAUGCAGGUGCCUUUGAUGAUGCUCUACGCCUUUGGCAUUUAAUGCUGAAUAGAGGGGUGGAUCCAAACGACAUUGGCUAUUGUACUCUUCUUGAUGGACUGUUCAAGAUGGGGGAUUUUGACAGGGCUUUUGUGUUGUGGAAAGAUAUUUUAGCACGGGGAUUUACUAAGAGCAGGGUUGCUUACAAUACAAUGGUAAAUGGAUUAUGUAAAUUGGGGAAAUUAGUUGAAGCAGAGGAGAUUUUUGACAGGAUGAAAGAGCUAGGAUGUUCACCUGAUGGAAUAACAUAUCGAACCCUGGUUGAUGGAUAUUGUAAAGUUGGAAAAGUUGAAGAAGCUUUAAAACUUAAAGAGACAAUGGAAAGAGAAGCUAUUGUUUCUUCCAUUGAAAUGUAUAAUUCUCUUAUUUGUGGUGUUUUUAAGUGUAGGAAAUUAAGUAAAGCAAUGGAUCUUCUUGCUGAGAUGCAGACUAAAGGAUUAUCCCCAAAUGUUGUUACUUAUGGCAUCUUUAUCGCUGGUUGGUGCAAUGAAGGGAUGCUGGAUAAAGCCUUUAGUGCAUAUUUUGAGAUGAUUGAAAAGGGUUUUGCGCCCAAUGUAAUCAUUUGCAGCAAAAUUGUGAGCAGCCUGUAUAGGCUUUGUAGGAUUGAUGAAGCAAGUUUGCUUUUGCAGAAGAUGGUAGAUUUUAAUAUUGUUUCACAUGAAAGAUGUUUUAAUAAGUUUCUCAAGGAUGACGUUAGACAUCUAAACAUAUUGAAAAUUGCUAAUUCAUUUGAAGAAAGUGCAAAAAAAUUUUCUCUACCCAACAAAAUUGUGAACAAUAUAGCUAUUUUUGGGCUAUGCAAGUCUGGGAAGGUAGAUGAUGCAAGAAGAUUAUUGUCAGAACUGUUGCUUAGAGGCUUUGGUCCUGAUAAUUUUACUUAUUGUACCCUAAUUCAUGGCUGUUCAGCCACUGGCAAUGUGAAUGAAGCUUUCAACUUACGGGAUGAGAUGCUGAAGCAGGGUAUUGUUCCAAACAUUACUACAUACAAUGCUCUUAUUAAUUGCUUGUGUGAGUCAGGAAAUAUGGAUCGAGCACUGAGGCUUUUCUAUAAACUUCACCGUAAGGGGUUAACUCCUAAUGUAGUUACCUAUAAUAUUUUGAUUGAUCAGUACUGUAAAAUUGGUAAUACUAGUGAAGCCCUUAAAUUGAAAGAUAGAAUGGAAGAAGAAGGGGUUGUUCUAUCUAUUAUUACCUACUCUGCAUUGAUCAAUGGUUUUUGCAAGCUGGGAAAUAUGGAAGAAUCUACGAAGCUUUUGGAUCAAAUGAUAAAGGCUGGUGUGCACACAGACAUGAAGAAAUUCUCCAAGCUUCAUAAUAUGACUCAGAUGAGAUGUCCCUCUUCUGGUAUUGUUUCUCCUGAGCCAGCGAUUUUAGACGAUUGCUUAGAUGCUGAAGGAAUGCCUAAUUAUUACUACAUGUCUGAAGCUGUGAGUUGAUACACUCUGUGAACUAAGAACUUUUUGUGAGAAACAUUCUAUCAUUGAAAUGAUUUUGAGUUUGCUAUGGCGUUUUGUUCACAAGUGCACCCUUAUGCGUUAACAUGCAAAUUAUGGAGAUGUAGGUUGUAACCUCUAUAUUAAGGAGGGCUAUGUUCUAGUCUCUUAGAAACCCAGGACACAUUUAGUCAAAGUCAUCCCAAAGCAUAUGUUCCUCUGUAGUUUCUUUGUCAUUAAACUACAUAUCACUUCUUCAUUCCAGAAGUUGCGCUUCAUGAAGUAGUUCCUUGCAGGUCCUCUAUUUGGAACCAAGGUGAUCAUUAUUAUUGCAGACAAAUUGCUGAUGGGUCAAAAUCCAAACCAAUUAUUUCUAGGAGAAAUUCCUGUUAUCUAAUUCUUGCAUUCUGUCUCUAGUGCAAAGGUAUUGCAGACUAACAUGCUGGUCCUCUAUGUUGUUUAGAUUGUCUAGCAAUUUUCCUGCUCAAUGGCUCUUAGUUGCAUAAAUGGUUUCCUUAUAGUGAAAAAGAGAACAACAUAUGCUGAAUGUCUUAAACGUCAUAAGGUGGUGGUACAUGGAACCCAGGAAAUAUACAGAAAAUGGGAUGUAUUAUAUGUGCAGCUCCUUACUGAAGAUCUUGUCCAAAAUGAAGCUGGGGUUGCAUUUUUUUCUCCAUCAGGUUAUUGUUUUGUGCUUUGAGAAGCCCUCUCAAUAUAUCAUUAUUACUUGACUCAUCUUAUAGGCCAAGCCGGUGGGCGUUCCUUCAGCAGCCUUCCAUGAGGCAGGCCAUGCAAGAACGCCUUAUAUCCAUGGCUGCUACCACUGGCACAUUGCUUAGGAAAGGUGUUGAGGAGACCAAGGACAAGGUUGCUGUAGGAAAAACUAAAGUUGAAGAGGUAAGGUCAUCUUGUUUACAACAACCUAUAGUAGCCUUGAUUUCAAGUUAAGAUGAUAAGUGACACAUCUGAGAUGCAGAGUUUGUCUCAGGUGGCAAAGAAGACUGCACAAAGAAGUAAGACUAUCUUGAUGGACAUUGAACGAUGGCAGAAGGUAUAGAUUUUGAGGCAGCUAGUAGUUGUCAAUAUUUUGUUUUCUUUUCAGUUGAAUUACCUAUAACCCAUUUUCCUGUCCCAACCCAUUUAAGAAAUCCAUAUACUACAGGAUUUAAUUGGGUUAUAAAUGGGCACCUAUCAGGAGCCAUAUAGCACCUAACAAAAGCCUCAACUUACCUAUUCUGCUACCCAUUUGACUUCUUUGGAAUACUUCUUUCAUUAUCUUGAGAUGCCUAACUAACUUUUGCCCCAAAUCCAAUUAAUUUGGUGAUUUUUUUCCCAUUUUGAAAAAAGAUAUGCUUUGUUUGGUAGCUUAGAAAAUUUAAGGGGAAAUUGAGAUCAUUCAAACACCCCCUGGGUUGGGUUCUCAGACAAUUAGAUCUUGCUUUCUGCUCUGCCUUGAAUGGCCAUGAUCCAGCAUUCAUAGAAAGGAAAUUAGAAAUCCAUCAAGUGGAUGCAUCUUCCUGGAGUCUUUCUUAUUCCUUGAAAAAGGUCCUCCUGAGUUUUAUAACUGGUCGUGUAUAAUUGUGUUAACUGGUGGGUAGAGAUGUAUCCUAAUUAAAUGGAUUGGGUUGGGUAUAGGUAUCAACAGACUUAUUAUCACCUAUCCAAAAAAAAAGAAAAAAGAAGGAAAGUAUCAACAGACUUAUGAAAAUAAAUAAAUAGUUGUAAACUGCUAAAUGUGUGAUAAUGUACCGAAUCCAUCUAUGACUUCAAAUUUAUUGAAUUUAUUUAUUAAAAUGGUAUAAGCCAUAAGUUUGUUUCCCCCUAAUAAAUUGUAGGAUAAUGCAAAUAUAUUGUGCUAAUUGAAAAGUAAACUUUGUUUGCAUUGGUAAAGCGUUACUCUUCUGCCUCUUUUUUUUCUUUCCUUAAUUUUGUGGGUACAGAAGAGGGCGAAAGUGUUGAUGCAUCUUCUCUCAUUCCCUUGGAUGAUGGCGUGCCAACUGACUUUGGUGAUAUUUAAGUUGUUCAGUGCCUUAUAGAACAUCACAAUGCAAUUUUUACGGAUGCAAAUGUGACGACUUGGAGAUGACUUACAAUGACUCUCUACCUCAUCCAGCAGGGGAUUUAAUGAGUAGAAUAGUUUAGCCAACUAUUUCUCAAGGUUGAAAUCUUGACUGGUCACAAGGAUCAUUGCUCUGUAGUGGAUGUUACAUUCCUUGAUAAAGCUGAGACCAUUGCUGGAUUUGGGUCUAUAUGUUUAUAGUGAUCAGGGAGUACUGAAAGUUGGGUUUAAAUGAGUCUUGGUUUUGCCAAUAUUUGCGCCUUUGGAAAUGGAAGUGCACCAUGCAUAUAUUUUUAGAAGAUCAAUCAGUCAAAUACUUUACAAAUACAUAUCUUUUAGGUGUGAAAUUCUUGUGGUGUGAGUAGAGUUGGAAUGUUGAUUUAUAAGUGCAAGUAAUACAUUGUAGACACAAGUAAUUGUAUCUGAUUAUAGGAUUGAUUUAUGGUGAAUUGGCUUGUCUAUAUUCCCUUCUGUGUAAGAUGAACCUGAAUUCUUUUCAUGGGAUUU